AUGGGGUCGAAUCGGUGGGAGGCCGCUAUAACUGUGAAAAACUCCGCACAUUCCGACUCGAAAAGGAUGUCUUCCGAAAAGAAUGGGCAGGAGGCGAUGGACACCGAUACUACGGGUUUAGACACAAACCUUUAUUCAAGACAAAUUUAUGCACUUGGCGAAUCUGCCAUGAUGAAUCUGAGAAAGGCUUCCGUUCUGAUUUCCGGCUUGGGAGGCGUUGGUGUCGAGAUCGCGAAGAAUUUGGUUCUUGGAGGUACAUUUCCUAAUCUAUUAAUUGAAAAUUUCCUGCAAUAAUG